AAUGGCAGAACAACAAUAAGCAGACUAUUUGAAUCUAAAAGUAAAAUCCUAAGAUGGUGAAGAAGUCUUUUUUAAAAUUAAAAAGUAAACUUAAUUUAAGAAAUUAAUGGAUGCAUAUUGUUCUAGACAAAAUGUAUACAAAUAAAAAUUUAAAUAUUUAGUUACAAAUCUAAAAUGUCAGAUUUUUGUUUGAUGGUGAAAGAAUAUUAGAGACUUAAACUCCAGCAGAUGUAAAAAUAUCAAAAUGCAAUUCUUUUAGAUUGGAAUGGAAACAGGAGAUGAAAUUGAUGUUGUUAUAGAACAAGUAGGUGGAUAAUUAUAUUGA